ACACAAUGUGAAACGUGAACGGGGUUUGUGGUUUGCGAUUUGUCACGCAUCCUAUCCGUACGAAUGUUGCCAGCGAAAUGAACGAGUCUUUCGUCAAUUUUGCAAAGGACUAAGUCAACAUCACUAUUUUAACAAAGUUUACAUUGUGUCUCCAGCUAUGCUUAUUAUUAUUUCGCAAUGUAAAAGUUGUGAAAUUAUCAAGUUGAGAAUUGUUUUCCUUGUGAAUUCCGCAAUUAGGAGCGGAACUAAAAAAUUUACGUAGAUGGCGACACAAGCGACCCUGCUCUAUUGCGUUUGUUAGCUCUGGCUGUCAGAAGUAAUUUCGGAAAUUCUCGAUAUUUAUAGCAAAAAUGUAUUCAUUUAUGACUGUGGUGCAGUUAAAAAAUGAAUUGCGACAGAGAAAUGCAUCUGUAACUGGUAAAAAAGCUGAUUUGAUCGAAAGAUUGGAAGCGUAUGACCGAAACUUUAAUUUUGGUGCAGACCCUGGUCCUAGUGAAGAUCCUAGGUACGAGUGCCCGCCUGUGUCGUGCUUUAAGGAUAUUAAUGCCGAUUCGCCCAUUCCACCUUUAGAUAGGCACGAAAUUCAGGCAUAUUUUGAAAAAUUUAAUGCCCAGAAUAAAGGCAAAGAUAUGUACGAGUCUCGUUGCCUGCUAACCGCUAGAUAUGCUUCGGUCGGGGCGAGUACUUACUUUCAAGGGCAGUGUAAAGCCCAAAUGAAGAAAGUUACUUACAUAGUGAAUGUAAAAGUGUCUAAAGAAGGUAAUAUCGAACAGGCCAACUGCGAGUGUGCUGCUGGCAGUGGUAUUGAAGCUCAUUGCAAGCAUGUGUCUGUUUUAUUAUGUGCAGUGGAAGAUAUGUGCCGAACUAAGACCAUUAUGGUACAUCAAGUGACAACACAAAAGCUGAUGACGUUCAAAAGACCUCAUAAGGUAUUUUAUAGGUCGCCUAUUCAGGCACAAAAUUUACCAAUGAGCAGGCCAAGAAAACAAGCUGUAAAUUUUAACCCACUCAAGAGAGAGGAUAUGAUGGAGAAUUAUCAAGAUUAUGUCCACAAUUUGGCCAUCAACUUUGGGAAGUCAACAAUGCCCAUACUCCAAACAAUUAAACCAGCGAAUCCUUAUGCUAUCGAGUGGGAUCAUAGCAACUACACCAACCGUAAUGAAAAAGAAUUGUUGCUAGAACGGUUACUUUUAAAAAAUGUGACGCCGGAGCAAAUAGUGAAUACAGAAAAAGCUACUAAGGUGCAGGAUAAGUCAAAAGAAUGGCACAACCUUCGUUGUUGCAGGGUAACUGCCAGCAACUUUCAUGUAGCUUGCCAUGCUACAACAGGCAAGGAUCAUUUGAUUAAGAGAAUAAUGAAUCCAAGGGCUAUUCACACUAGAGCUAUCACUCAUGGUAAAAUCCAUGAAAGCACCGCUAUAGCUAAAUAUGAAGAAUACUUUGGAUUAAAAGUAGAGAAAAGUGGACUGCACAUAUCUGAGGAGUUUCCGUUCCUGGCAGCUUCACCAGAUGGUCUCUUAGGCGAUGAGACAGUCAUUGAAGUUAAAUGUCCCUAUGCUGCAAGAUAUAUGCCUAUAACUGCUGUCACAGUUCCAUACCUUGAAAGUAUUGUAGGCAAACUGCAUUUGAAAAGAAACCAUCCAUAUUUUUAUCAGAUACAGGGACAGCUAUAUUGCUCCAAAAGAAAGUAUUGUAAUUUAAUAAUAUAUACUUUUAAAGAAAUUCAAGUCAUCUUUUUGCAGCGAGAUGAUUGCUUCAUUAAUGAAAUGGUUACAAAACUAGUAAUUUUUUUUGAAAAUCAUUUAAAACCAGAAAUAAUAAAUAAAUAUUAUUACAGAAAUUAUGAUUUAAUAAAACCAUAAAAUAAUAUUUUUGUUUUAUUUAUUUUCCGUGUCAACUAAACUUAACACAAUUAUUUAUAAAAUAAAAAUAAAAAUAAAAUAAAAUUUAUUCAGUAAGUAGGCCACAAGGGCACUUUUACACGUCGUACUAAACAGAAAAAAAAGAAAAUGAACCUAAAUCUACCACCGAUUCCACCCUACACCUCUGACCCGAGAAGAACCGGCCAAGAAACUCGGCGGGACUUAUUUUUUCAAAACAGUACAAUGAUACUUAAAGACUAUAUUAAGAUACUUUCACUGUUCUGUGAGAAAACAUAAUUAUUUUUAUUUAUAUAGGUAGUAGGUACAUUACAGUUGUACAAAAAAUCUAAACUUAUGUAUUCUAAACAUCAACAAAAAGCACAUUCUUCUAAAAUAUUAUCAAAUCAGCCUCAACUUUGUUUAACAAUUGCACUUUAGUCUUUAUUAAGGAUGAGAUCAAGUUUCUCACAUUACUUAUAUAAACAAUUAAACAUCAUAAAAAAGAAAUUCGAGUCCUUGAAUUUCCACGAGAACGGCGUGAAAUGUGAGAUUCUGCAGGCCUGACAUUUUUAUUUCCAACCGAAGCAGUAACCAUCUGGGUCUCUGGAGGAACUAGUUCAUUUUCAUCUUCAGAUGACGAAGAUGUUGAGGAGUAAGAAGGCUGAUCACGUCUCGGGGGUUGAAAAUCCGCAUCAAAUAUGUCAUCAAUGUCAUCAUCGUAAUCACUUAUUUCUAAGUCGGAUUCGUUUAGAUUUAAAUAAUUUUCUAAUUCUGCAUCCCUCAAGCCUGUAACAAUGCAACACUCGGAAUAAACGCCCGAAGUACCAAAUUUAUGACAAAACAAUUAUAUUGUACUAAUGCAAUAACAUUCCAUCGACCUAAUUUUAGGACAUCGAAAUUUGCUCGCAUCUCCUGCUCGAAAUAAAUCAUAGCGGAAAAAAAUUUUUAGUGAUCGUCAUAAUACAAAGCUUAAAUAAGUAUUUUUAAUUAAAUUUAGGUUAAAAUAAUUUAAGAUUCUGGUGAAAAAAACAGAUUUACUUACAACGUUUUCGCGAGGACGCCAUCUUCCCAACAUCCGCGUGCCAAAAGACUGUCAUUUGAUUGUCAAACGUCAAACUGACAGGUAAUCAUAAUAGCUGCGUUCAGUUCCGCCAUAUUUAAGAAAUAAAGGUUUCUUUACACGCAAAGAUUUAGGAUCGGUACGUGUCAGAAGUGAAUGACCUAAUUUUAGGACUCUGGGCCGCUAAUUGAUAAAUUAAUAUAGUUGCUUGGGCCGGAAGGACUACAUUUCUCAGUCCUAAAACUAGGACGUUGGGCCUUACGAGGUUAAAAAGGGAUUAUUCUCUUUUAGAAUGAAAUCAAACUUACAGAAUUGUAUUAAAAAAAAAACCCUUAGAGAUGUAAAAGGUCUCCAAGUGUCCUAUAUUCUAGAUAAAAACUAAAGAUAAAAUUAUGUAUAACUAGCACCGAAUGAAAUGUCUCUCCACGCCAAAUUAAUCUCAAUAUAUUCAUAAUGUGUUACUACAUAAAUAUGGAACCACAGUAAGCUAAAACAGACCAGUCUUCACAAACAGCACCCGUUCACGAGUAUGACGCGUAUCUCAGCCAUCGCCUCCCUCAACCUUUCUUUGGGAAAGUGGCGACCCGAUCAACGUCGCCACCAUAAGCAAAGACUUUUCAGCGAGCAUGACAUGUUCAAGCUGGCGGGCUCUAUUUAUAAUAAAAGCUAAACACGUUUAGGCUGGCGAGACUUCACAUUUUGUGCUUAUUUUGUAUGAUUACAUACAUGUCGUCACAACCUAAUUAAUAACUAUACAUUACUGUCACAUAGAGAUGUAAAGGUUAUUUGUCGUAAACCAGUUAACUACGGUGGAUAGUGCAUUGUUAAUACUGUCGUAGUUAAUUGCUUUUCUGUCUACCUUGAACAACAGAGAUGUGUCAUCAGCAAACAAGACUAUAUCAUGUUUAUCUUGCACAAGUUUCGGUAGAUCAUUAAUGUAAACCAAGAACAGAAACGGGCCAAGUAUUGAGCCUUGAGGCACUCCAAGUGCUACUGGGGAGCCGGCAGAUUGAGUUCCAUUAAUAACCACUCGUUGUGUUCUAUUCGAUUAUGCUUAUUUCAUUAUGCUUUCUCUAAAAUUACAACACAUAGUACAUAUAAAAAAUAUUUUACCUGAAAUUGGAAUGUAACUGUGAUCCAGAUCACUUUUUAAAAUCUUAUAUGUUUUAGUGAGGCCAAUUAAGCGUUCAAUGUGCACUCUUUUACUAGCUAGAUUCCUAUCUUUUAACACUGUUAAACCUGGUAACUGUGUUUUGCCCUUUAAAAAAGUAGGUAUAUUUACAGCAACAUUUUUGUGUGCAAACAUGUCCUGAAUAUUAAAUCCCCGAUCUGCUAAAAUGCAGUCACCACUUUCACAUUUACUAAUUAAAUUACUUCUCUCCACUGUUUGCCUGUCACUGACCGACCCAGCAUAUGCAGGAGAGCAGUAUGAUAACAAUCCCCCCGGUGUUCCUCCAACAAGAACUUUAAGAGUAUUUGCAUGCUUGUAGCUACUCCAUGACGCUUGUUGAGACGUUGGGUUUUUAGGUUUCUGUACAUGAAAUUCGGUCCCAUCUAAAAUCACCCUUAUAUUCGCAUUAUAAUUUUUAAAAUGUUCCGGCAUAUAAUAAUGUACCAAGUCUUUGCUUGGCCAUGUGUCGAGUUUUAUCCAUAGUUGAUACAUGAAAUUUAUCCAGGUAAUAAAUAUAUUUGACACUGUUGUAGUACUUACAUUAAAAAAUCUGCUUAGUUCAAAAAUACAUUUAUUUUGUCUUAAUUUCAUUAUUGUUAAAAAGAACUGAUCUUCAGUACUGAGCAAAAUAACAGAACUACCAUAAUACUGUAUUUUAUGGGCCAUAGGACUCAAAGUUGAGUAAACAAAAAAGAACUUCCGGUAAGACUCGAAGCCUGUAUAAAAUUGAAUUGCUUUAUCAUCAUUUUUAGGGUUCCGUACCCAAAGGGUAAAACGGGACCCUAUUACUAAGACUUCGCUGUCCGUCCGUCCGUCCGUCCGUCCGUCCGUCCGUCUGUCACCAGGCUGUAUCUCACGAACCGUGAACGCUAGACAGUUGAAAUUUUCACAGAUGAUGUAUUUCUGUUGCCGCUAUAACAACAAAUACUAAAAACAGAAUAAAAUAAAGAUUUAAAUGGGGCUCCCAUACAACAAACGUGAUUUUUGACCAAAGUUAAGCAACGUCGGGAGUGGUCAGUACUUGGAUGGGUG